UAUGGACCGUCAAUGUCUUCACCGGCUGCUUUCGAAAUAACGCAGCGACGCGAGGAAGAAGAGAGCGAGCGUAUGUCGGGAGCAGCGAGUGUCAGACUGUGUCUCCUCCCUUCUCCCCUCAUCUAAUGAUCCCAAAUCUCGUUCCCUGAGCGUUUGAGAUGGUUUGGGGUCUCUUUCCCGUCGAUACUGCGCGAGGUGUUCAGAAGUACUACAUCUUCUCCCGAAGGACGUACAAAGUUGGUCGAAAGGACUGUGAUGUGGUUGUUCAAACGGACACAUCAAUUUCGCGAGAGCAUGCUGAGAUUGUUGUUGAUAAAAUGACAUCUCAAGAUCCCUCUAUAAGUAAGAGCAUGACUUCUCCCACAUGUGUUCGAAUUAUUGAUCGAUCAAAGUUUGGUACAAUCAUCAACAAAGAAAUGGCAUCAAAAGCAACUCAGUUGAAGAAAAAUCAGGAGAUAAUGCUCACAGAUGGAGAUUCUGUUACUUUUGGAACAGGCAAUGCAACCUUCAGGUUCUCUUAUGUUCCUCUGCUGAUCUUUUUACAUUGUAUGAAAUCCACUCCAUUGGAUUCAGUGCUUCAGGCGACAAUAUCAAAUAUUGGGGCAUAUGCUACCAAUAGCUGGAGUUCUGAAUGCACACAUGUCGUUGUUGAAAAAUCUUCUCAGGUGACACCUGAGCUUAUUCAAGCUGUUUUGGCAAGGAAUCCUAUUGUUCUCAGUGACUGGCUUAAGGUGUUUGCUGAGAGGAGUAUAUGCACAGAAAUUCCUAGUUGUACUAUGUAUGUCCCAGAUAUGUGUUUAGAUGGGACAUCGGUAAAAAUUGUGGAGCCCAAACAACGGGAUAAAGUACUUGAAGGCUAUUCUUUUGUCCUUGGAUCAUAUAAGUAUAAAUUUGGGGAUAUGUUACAAUCUUUAUUAAAACUAGUUGGAGCUAGAUGCCUCAGUGCUGAUGAAUUUUCUUCAAAUAGUCAGACUUCUGCAGAUGGGGAGAAUAACCAGUUUAUUCUUGUUGUUCCUAUUACCUCUGCUGAUGAAUUCAAUCCCUCGCGUGAGCUGUCUUCUUUGGCCAGGGUUGUCGAUGUAAAGCUAGUUGCUGUUAUUCUAUCUGGACAGCUGGACGCCUCCAUCUUUGAGCAAUCCCCCUACGUCGUUUUAUCUUCGCAUUCGACCGACGAAACUGUGGUAGCUGCUUCAGAUACUGAAAUGGAUACUGCUGCAUCCGAACAUGUUUAUGCCUCAUCGAAACCUCAAGUUGCCAUCAGUCAGAAAAGCGAAGAUUUGCCAGAGCAUAGAUCUGAGUCUCAAAAGGUCCCUACAAGUUUCAGAAACAGAGAUAACAUCAAUGAGGACUAUGAAAAUUUAAUUGCACAAAGAUCUGAGGAUGGAAAAGUUGCUAAAACUCAUGAUAACAACGAAAGUGAUAGUAUCUCCACCAUUCCCUCCAAAAAUGUUUCAGAUUCAAGCUCUAAAGAUGGUGUCAUAGAAAAAUUGGUGAAAAAUGAUGAAUCUGUUGACAGACAUGAAAAUUCGGAUAUCAUAUACAGCCAGGAUCUGAUCGUACAAAACAGUAGCAUGAAAAUUCCUCUAAGAUCCACUGCCAGAGGAUGUGUAAACUUCAAAUGUUUCAGAAAGAAAGAGAUUGUAUCUGGCAACAGCUUCAAGGAUCUCAUUCCCUUUUCAAAAGAUCCAUACAGAGAGUAUGAUUGCACAGGUAAUCUGACAUCAGAAUACAUCACGGAAGAGAAGAAACGCAAGCAACUCGAAGCAAUUGCUGAGGAUUUGUUCAACAAUGACAAGGGGAGGAAGCGUGCUGCGGCGGGAACUUCUAUUUAUUCUCUUUUUACUCAGAAAUGACAAGUUUGGGUAUCCAGCAGCAUGCAUCAAUUUUGUGUACUGAAAGUGUGGCACCUUGCGUUUAUUGUCAUCUGCCAAGUUGUCGGUUUAUUGUGGGCUGUGGACCGUGUUGUGCCCUGAUGAUACUGAAGCUGAAUUCAGAUUCAACCAUUUCUCGACUGUGCAGGUUUUUCAGAUGCUAUUCUCAAUGUGUAGAUGCUGACAUUUUACUUCAGAAACUGCUGAAUAUGUUUGAGGCAAAGCAUGUCUUUGAGGAUCUAGCACAAGUCACUUACAAAAUUUUCAUCAGAUCAUGCAAGCGUUCUCUGCAGGAUCUUACAAAUCUAAUUAAACGUGGAAACAGUUUCAAGUCUCACGGGGUGUCCAUAGGGUGAAAAUUUUACUAUAAUGGGGUAAGAGGUCAAUGGACAUAUCUUUGGGGGAAAAAAAAUUCUCACAUCCUUAGUCAUUUGAUAAACAGUUUUAAGUUGACAUUAUG